ACAAAAAUUUAGUGUAAUAAAAACAAACUCCAAAGAACCUUCAAGAAAAUGUGUGAGACCCUAAAGAACAACUAUCAAAUUUGUGAAGAGAUCGGCCGCGGUAGAUUUGGCACAAUCUCCCGUUGUUUUUCACCCAUCAAGAACGAUUUCUUUGCUUGUAAAUCUGUAGACAAGAAUCUCCUUACGGAUCCAACCGACCGAGAGUGUCUUCAAAACGAAGCAAAGAUCAUGUCCCUCCUGUCUCCUCAUCCAAACAUUGUCGAAAUCUUCGAUGUCUACGAUACUGAAGACUCUCUUGACAUGGUAUUAGAGCUUUGCGAGCAGAAUACUCUUUAUGAUCGUUUGAUAGAGAGUAAUGGAGGAUUCAGCGAAGCCAUAUCUGCGUCUGUAAUGAAGCAGUUGUUGACAGCAAUAGCGCAUUGCCAUAGGUUUAGUAUCGUGCACAGAGAUAUAAAGCCGGAUAACAUAUUGUUUGAUGAGAUGGACCGGGUGAAGUUGGCGGAUUUUGGGUCGGCUGUUUGGGUAGCGGAGGAAGGGACGGUGAGUGGGCUGGUGGGUACGCCGUAUUACGCGGCGCCGGAGGUGGUGAUGGGGAGGGAUUAUAAUGAGAAGGUUGAUGUGUGGAGUGCUGGGGUGGUUUUGUAUGCUAUGUUGGCUGGAUUUCCUCCGUUUUAUGGGGAGACUGUUGAGGAGAUUUUUGAGGCUGUUGUUAGAGGGAAUUUGAGAUUUCCGCCUAAGGUUUUUAGAAAUGUUUCCCCGGAAGCUAAGGAUCUGUUGAGGAAGAUGAUCUGCAGAGACGUUUCUAGGAGAUUUUCAGCUGAGCAAGCUCUGAGGCACCCAUGGAUCUUGAGUGGAGGAGAGACAGUUUCAAUGGUCUAGUCUGCCCUUGUAAAAUCCAAGAAAAUACACUGGAAGCAAGUACUGCUAAUAGCUUAUCACUCUGCGGUGUGUACAUAUACAACUACCUAUCAAGUCACAAGAUCCCGACUUUUCUUUGUGCAGCACAAAACCCUAUGGUGAAUACUUCCAGAAUCUCAGUUUUUUCCAUGCCAGAGAGUAGAGAGGAUGGGAGAAAUGGACAAAGAAACAGUCGCAUGGCAUCUUCUCUCGUGGGAGGCUCUGCUGCAAAGGACUGUGACCUUUUUUUUUUUUUUUGUUUAGUUUUAUCUUUUUUGGCCUUGUUUUGUGUGAAGAGAGAAUCCAAGAGAGGCUGUAGAUAGUUAAGAAGAAAAUGGUUGAGAAUCCCGUCUUUCCCCGCCUUUGCUUGUUUUUUUUUUUAUGAAGAAUUCAAGGAAGUGAGAAAGCUAAAGAAAGUUUGUAAUAUUACUACUUUAAUAUGAUGUCUCUACUUUAACUUUUUACCA